AUGCUUUCCAAAGAACAGGUAAGGGUUUUAGCUUAUAUUAACUCAAUCGAAAAUAAUUCUAGACUGUAAUAGAAUGCGUCUGGAAAUCAGAAACUGGAGAUUUUGAUCCACCGGAUUUGGAUGGAUGUGAUUUGGAAAAAGUGUCGGAUCAAUUGGUUUUUGCAGCAACUUUAACAUCAAAAUUCCAACAAAGAUUUUUGGAUUUUCUUCAUCUUCUAGCAACUAAUCAACUUAUUACGUGGUGCCAGGCUUUGAAAAGCAUCAAAAAGUUUGAUGAUUUUCAAAAUUUCAAUUCAUUAAUUGGUCUAUCGAAAAAUCUUGGAGAUAUAAUUCCUCAAAUUCAAUCACAUUCAUUUCACGAUACAGACGCAAUUCAAAAUUUUGUUGAUACAAUUUGUCAAACAUUCACAUGGCUUCUUGAAGCAUCGAAAAUUGCACUUCUUGAAACAAAUUGGAAUGAAGAAGAUUCUCCUCCAUAUUUACAUACUUUAUCAGCUACUCACAAAAUGGUUCAUGAUAAAUUUUGUGGCAAAUUAAUUGGAAUUAAAGAGAAUUCUGUAGAUUCGAAGUUACUUCGAGAAAUUGAUGAAAUUUAUAAUGAAAAUAAAGAAAGUGGAUAUGGAGAUGAUAGCGAAGUUAUUGGACUUUUAUUUCAACAAAUAAAAGAUAAAUAUCAAAUGAACUUCAUUACUGAAAAGUUCAAGAAUUUAGAUUGUAAUCUGGAUCUUUUCAAAAUGGUAAUUUUACUUUCUUUUUUUUUUACUUACUGAUAAUUUUUAAUUUCAGCGGAAUCCAUCAAUUCGAGUUCUCACAACUAUUUUUUCUUGUUUUCGAGUUCUAGUUCCAGUUGAAGAAAUUGCUGAUAUUUACUAUGUUUAUUCGCAACUUAUGAAAAUUUCUUUUGAAGACUUGGUAUUCGAUAUGACUCAUGCAAUUCUUUUGAUUCGUUCCGAAGAACAUAUCGAUCUCGAAUUUCUGCCAAAAAAUCGUCGAACUGAUUAUAAAUGGUAUCUUGGAGUUUUCUUCUAUAUGAAAAUGUCAAAAAUUUGGUUAAUGUUAGUAAAGAAAUAUGAACAACCGAAAGAAGACAUUGUAAAAGCAUUUCAUCGAAUUUUGAAAAUGAAAAUGGUGAGAAAAACAACAAUUAUAUGAAAAAAAACAAUAUUUUCAGACUUUGGAUAUUGUUGAUUUGGCUUGGCGAGAUUGUUCAAUUCGAAGUCUUGUGUCACAAUUAAUGACUGAUCAUCUUGUAGAUGGAAUUGAUGCGAAAGGUCUUAUUGAAACACGUCUUAGUCAAAUGAAAACCAAUCCAGAUUUGGACAAACUUAUCAGAGCUUCUGAAUUACCAAAGAGUGAUACAGACAGAACACCUUCUGAUUAUAGUGUUUUGAAAACAGCAGGCGAAACAGUAUACUCUCUGCAAAGACCUCAAAAUGUAAGUAAUAAUAAUAUUUUAUUUAAAAAAAAAGAAUGGGCCGAACCGGGGAUUGAACCCGGGACCUCUCGCACCCAAAGCGAGAAUCAUACCACUAGACCAUUCGGCCACGUUUCUUCGUAUGUCAAUUGCUAAAGAUUAUUCAUUUACACAGUGUGAAAUCAAGCUUUUCCGCGCGCGCGGAAAAUUGUGUGUUUUUCUGCUAGCGUAAAGAGAAAAAGGAGAGAAACAUGUGUGGUGUGAGAACUGUUUCAAAUAAAUUAUUGAAUUGUUUUAAAAAAAUCGAAUUCUUCGUGAAUUACCAGAAAAAAACAUAUAUUUUUUUAGUUACUACAAGAGAAGGUGAUGGUUACUCUUCAUUCGAUGGUUGAAGCUGGUACUGCAUUUGAUGCAAUAAUUGCAAAUCUGACAAUUGACAACAAAAUGACUGAUUAUACACAUUUAAUAGCAAAUAUCAAUUUGAAAGCACAAUCACCAAAUAUAAAUAUGGUGGAUCGAGUUCAAACAUUUGAUUUUUCGUUUUUAUUGUUGACAAGAAUAUCGAUCAGAUGGCCAAGUGUUGUGAGUUUUUUCAACUAUUUUUUUGACAAGGAUCUAGUGAAUUUUUUUUUUUCUUAAAUUGUUAUUUUUAGUUUUUUUUAAAAAGAAAACAUUCCAAUAUCGCUUCUUGAAAUUUGUAUUUCUAGAAUUAAGUAAAAAAAUAACCAUGCAUAAAAGUUUUGCAGUAUUUAACUACAAUACUCAUAAAAAUUACUGUUUAUUUUUUACUUUUGGCACAAAAUUUUAUGCUGAAAAAUCUGUAAUCGGCAAAAAGAAUGGGCCGAACCGGAGAUUGAACCCGGGACCUCUCGCACCCAAAGCGAGAAUCAUACCACUAGACCAUUCGGCCACAAGUUUCGCUAUCUCGUUUUUCAAACACUAUUUCGUAGCUUUUCAAUCUUUCCGCGCGGAAAAAUAAAUAAAACUGGAAAAUAAAACGUCUUGCGCGAACUGGAUGCCUUCUGCGCAGAAAAUGGUAAACAUAGAAAUUCCUCCCCUCUCUCUCUCUCCUUUUACCUUGUUUUUUUCCGCGCGCGCGGAAAGACGAAGCUUGCGAAAAAAUAGUGUUUGAAGAAUGAGAUAGCGAAACUCGUGGCCGAAUGGUCUAGUGGUAUGAUUCUCGCUUUGGGUGCGAGAGGUCCCGGGUUCAAUCCCCGGUUCGGCCCAUUCUUUUUUCUGAUUUUUUUUUACAAAUUUCAACAAAAAAAUUUAAUUCGAUAAAAUAGAAUUCAGAAUUACAUACAUUGUUUAUUUUGUACAAAUUCUAUUAUCAUGUUACAACUAGAAUAUCUCCAGGUCCGUAAUAAUUUUUCGAAGUUUUCUAUUCUCACAUUUUUUCAGCCAAUAAAAUUGUUGGUGAAUUCGACAGCAACAACAACAGAAGCAGAAACUGAAGGAAUUUUUUAUCAAUGGGCCACGAGAUUUAUGAAAAGAGUUCGAAAGGUGAAAACAAAGACGAGCGACGAGAAAAACGAGGAGAAAAAUGAAGAGGAGGAUAAGAAAGAAGAAGAAAAUGUUGAGAUAAAACAGGAGGAGGAAAAAAAUGAAAGUGAAAAGAAAAAAGAGGAUGAGGAAAAGGAGAAAGAAAUUGAUGAUAAGAUAGGAGGAUUAGAAAAUAAAGAGGAAGAAACAGUUGGAGAACAGAAAAAUGAGGAAAAUAUGGAAAUUGGCGAAAAGAAAGAAGAAAAGGAAGAGAAAACUGAGGAAGCAGAAAAAACCGAAAAUUUAGAAGAGAAAAAAGAGGAGGAAAUCAAGAUGGAAGAAGAGACAAAACCAAAGGAGGAAAAAGAAGAGGAUAAAAUCGAAGGAAUAGAAAAUAUCGAAUCAAAUGAAAAUGAAGUGAUGAAAGAAAAUGAAGAAACUAAAAAAGAAGAAAAAAAUGAAACAAAAAAAGAAGAAAAAAAUGAAACAGAAAAAGAAAAAGUAAUUGAAGAAGGCGAAGAAGAAAAAGUACAAGAAACUGAUCCACCAUUGCCAUUUGUUGAUAAAGAAACUGCUUUGAAAUAUCUCGCAAAACUUAAAGAAAGAGAGCCAAUCAGUGAUAAUAGUGAUAACUUGUUAGAUAUUCCUCCUCUCAUUCAUGCAAUUCCAGUUAUUGGAGAAAUAUUGUUGGAAGAAUUUGGUGGGAAACGAGUUGAUAAAGAGAAUUCAGUUGAAAAUAUUGUCAAUAUUUUAUUUGCAUUGCAAGAAUUAUCGUGUCUGUUUAUUUGUCUUGUUCAGUGGUUGGAUUGUCAAAAAGAUUCGGGAGCCAGAAGAAGUUUGGCAUCUGCAAUGCUUCAAGCUUUGGAAAAAUGUGCAGAUGAUAAAACAACUAAAUGGGUUUAUAUUCUUGAUAUUCUUCGACAAACAAUGAUUGAGAUGUCGGAGAAAAAUCCAGUUUAUCCAGAAGUAACAUGCACUGCAUUUAGCACAUCACGUCGAUAUUGUCCAGGAAUAUUGAGAGAUGAAGUUCCGGAUUUGGUUAAAAUGAAAAGUGCUUGGUAUUAUAUGCAAAAUCAUGGAUGGGCAACACCGCAUGCAUUAAGAAUAUUGGAACAAUCAAAUAAUGCUGGAGAAUAUAAUUUAUGGAUACAUUUAUAUAUGAAUAAAACAAUUAAAAUGGGAUGUGGCGAUGAAAUGAUGAAAUGUGUUGAUAUGAUUGCUGCAUUUUUAAUAUUGGAUCCAUUUAAUUGUUUAAUCAGAAUGCAUGAGGUGAGAUCAUUCGGGAGAAAAUAUUAACGCGGAUUUUUAAGAGUUUUUUUUUUCACAAAAAUGGAAUAACUCAGAGAAACAGGCUGGAGAACUGGCGGAGAAAACGACAUGUCGGCGAACUCUAGGACAACCGGCGGAGUGUCUCACCUACACUAUUUCGCCGAAACUUUUGUCCACCGGUUGUCCGAAAGUUCGCCGACAGGUCGUAUUCUCCGCCGGUUCUCCAGCCCAUUUCUCUGAGUAAUCCUGCGUUUUCCCCAUAUACAUACAUAAUGGUAAAAUUAUUUGUUUUUUUUAAAGAUUAACCGUCGGAGGUACUAAAAUGCCUCCCUCCCGGUGUUUCUCAUAUAUCUACAAUAUCUAUAAAAACACGACCUCAAAAAACCAUAAAAAUUUCCAGAAUCUUUACGAAUUUUGGUUCUCUGAAGAAGCGAGCAAAACAAAUGAUGAUCGAUUUGAUCCAGCCUCACUUAUGCCAAUUAUUCGAAUUAUGACAAAUGUUAUGAUGUUAUCAGUUUGGGCUUUGGAACAACAACAGAAAAAGUGCGGUGAAAAUGAAGAACCGCCGGCCAAAAAAUCGGCGCUUGAUGAACAAAUUUCGACACCCGAAAUGGAUGAUCCAGAUUCGCCAAGAAAAUGGGCACAUUUAUUAGAUGGUUUGAUUGAUGUUACUAUUAAUCGAUUCAGGAAAACGUUGAGAGAAGGUUGGAUUUUUUUCUGUUUUUUUUUUUGGGGGGGGGGGGGUAACUGUAGCUUUAACAAAAAAUAACCAAAAUAGUUUCAAGAUUCAUAAGUAGAAUUUUCCCAAACUGGGCUUAUUUUUGGGAGACGGAAAAUCAUUUCAAAAAAUUAUUUACGCAUUUGAAAAUUUUAGGAGUUCUUUCUCCUGCUGUUUGUGCAAUCAGUCAUCUUAUGAACUCAAUUGCUGGUGCUCCAGAAUGUCGUGCAAAAGAACUUCUUGUAAAAAGAAUUGACCCGAUACUGGUUAGUUCAGCCAGAAUCAUCACUUUUCAAUAAAUCAAUUUGUUUUCCAGAUUUUUGAACUUGCUUAUAUUGAUCCAUGUUGUGUGACUUAUGAAAUGCUCCAAGAGUUUUGCGAUCCUCAAAAUGAGCAACACAAUCGGGAAAAGUUACGGUUUCUAUGUGCGCAGAGAAGAAGAAAUGUUAUUUGA